AUGGAGCCGCCGUGGGAGCUCGAGCUGGAGUUGCGACGGCACAUCGAGAACUGUGCCUGUACCUGCGACCACAUGGGCUACGGAAACUACAUGGACUACCAGGUGGCGCCGGCGGCGCACGCCUGCCUGUGCCGCGCGAUCACCUCGCCGCACGCCCACGCCGCGGUGCCAGAAGGUAUGACAUUUCCGGGUCCGCUGCCGGAUGUAGCCGAGCGGUGCGGGCGCUGGGCGCCUGACUCGCUAUCGGCCUCGGCAUCAGGCAGCUCCGACGAGAAGACUGUCCCGCGCCGGCCGCGCUGGCGUAUCGCUUUAGCGGCACUGGUCGUGCUGGCCGCGCUCGGUGCCGCACUAGCGUUACCGCUGGCACUCGGUGGUGGUGGCCGUGCCACUCCAGAACAACGACUAACCACUAUACGACGCAUGCUACGAGACUCGCCACUAGUUGACGGACAUAAUGACUUAGCAUGGAAUGUUCGAAAGUUUUUACAUAAUAAAAUUGGUGACUUUAAUUUGAGUGCCGGUCUAGAUGGAAUCGAACCUUGGGCGCGGUCGCGCUGGUCGCACACGGAUAUCCCGCGCUUGAGGCUCGGCCAAGUCGGUGCCCAGUUUUGGUCAGCAUAUGUGCCAUGUGGAGCUAGAGAUCGUGACGCAGUUCAACUAGCGCUCGAACAAAUGGACGUUAUCAAGCGUAUUGUAGAAUUGAAUGCGGCGCAUUUGGCGCUUGUUACCGAUGCCGGGGAACUUUUGGACGCUCACCGUGACGGUCGCAUCGCCUCCCUUAUAGGUGUAGAAGGUGGACACGCUCUUGGCGAUUCGCUUGCAGUUCUGCGAGCCUUCUAUCAACUCGGUGCUCGUUAUCUUACAGUGACACACACUUGUGACACAAGAUGGGCACGAGCUGCAGGUACGGCAGGAGGACUCAGCGAAUUCGGAAGGGCUGUCGUCAGGGAAAUGAAUCGACUUGGUAUGAUAGUAGACUUAUCGCAUGCGGGGGAAGAAACAGCACGCGAUGCUUUAGAAAUGUCACAGGCGCCUGUAGUAUUUUCGCAUUCAGGAGCAGCAGCUCUCUGCAACUCCAGUAGAAACGUUCCGGAUGACUUACUUCGCAUGAUUGCCGCAAACGGUGGCGUCGUUAUGAUAAAUUUCUAUGCAAAACUAGUAACUUGUGGUGAGCGAGCCACCUUAGAAGAUGUGGUGGCACAUAUAAACCAUGUACGGAGGGUCGCUGGCGUGGAGCACGUCGGUUUGGGUGCUGGAUACGACGGCAUUGACGCGCCACCCGAGGGGUUGGAGGACGUGUCGCGGUAUCCGCACUUGCUCGCGGAGCUGCUGCGCGACCCAGACUGGAGCGAGGAAGACGUGCGCAAGCUGGCCGGCAUGAAUGUAGUGCGCGUUCUGCAACAUGUGGAGCGUGUGCGCGACCAGUGGCGACGUGCCGCCGUGCUCCCGGGCGAGGAGACGGCGGGAGCGCGUCGCGGCGAUUGCGUGUACGGGCCGGCGUGA